UUGCUUUUCAUUUGUGUCCGAGAAAAAUCUGGUUGUGGGAAGUACGUCACGAAGUAGAAUAAUACGAAUUUUGAUUGUUUAUGCCAGGUUGUUUAUCAUAUAUCUUAGUUUUAUGUUUUAUAUGUGAUUUCCUGAUGGAGUGUUGGAAAACUAUUUGCUAAAUGUGAUUGCAUUGCUUUAAGCUGUAUGUUAGAAGGGAGCAAUGGCAGAAGAUACUGGAAUUAAAGAUUCUGAUUUAAAAUCAAAACACUCCAGGUGUAAAUCGUUUAUCCGUUUUAUUAAUAACACAGACCGAGUGGUGGAUGUUAUAUGGAUAAAUUUCGAAGGACAACAUGUUAAGUAUAAGACUCUUCCACCAAGUGCAUUCUUCGAUUGCAAUACAUAUGUUACACAUCCAUGGCUGUUUUUUGAUUCUGAAACACACGAUAAACUUGUGGUAAAGUCUGAGGAGGUUUUCCGCCCUGAACCAUGGUAUCUGCAGUAUCAGCAGGGAGAGGAUUUACCACGCAAGCCAGGCAGAACCCUUGUGUAUAUUACCAUUCCAGUAUACACACUUCGUGAAAGAUCACUGCAGGUUGUGAGGAACAAUCUAUCACAACCUGAGGAUGCAUUUAAAUUAGAACUGCCCAGCACACUGCAAAAAGAAUUGGCAUCCAAGAUAAAGGAAACUUUGGAAACUCAAAUUGUUGCCAAUUAAUUGUCAUGUAAAUAUCAUGUGUUUCUGGACAUCAUAAAAGCAUGAACCAGAAGUAUGGUUUUCAUUAUACUCCCAUAAUUUGUAACUGAACUAAAUGUGACAUCCAUUUCAUUACAAACAGUGCAUUUAUUUUUGGACUCAGUUAAGUGAUUUAAUUUAAUUUAUUGAUACUUCAAGUAAUCCAUACAGGUGAUAACAAGUCACCACAGAUAUAGAAGUAGUCCAUUAUUAAAAAUGAGUACAAUAGUAGCAGUUAUAACACACAGCCUUGUCAAUAAAUAAGACUAUGUAAUCAAGGACACUAUUUGUAUCAAUCACAACAAUAAUUCAUAUAACACUAAAACAUACUAAAACAAAAUAAUAUACAAAGAAAUAACACAGCUGUAAAUAGGUAAUAUAAAAAACAAUUACACUAUGUAUGAUCCAUCAUUAUGCUGACCAUUCAAGGUAUUCUUUUACUGAAUAAAAGGAUUCCUUUAAGAAAAAUUUUUAGAAACUAAUUUGAAUUUUUAACGUAAUAUAACAGUUCCCUUAUAUCACACGGUAAAUGAUUAAAAAUUUCUAUAACAAUAUAAUAAGCACCCUUUUUGCAUUUGGUCAAAUUUACUGAUGGUAUGUGUAAAUUAGUACUUUGUCAUGUAUUUAUAGUAUGUAUUUCAUUAUUAAUUACAAAUUGGUGUAUAUUUUUUACUACCAAUAACAAUAAAGGAAACAUUGUACAGGAUGGGGUGCAGAAACCUCUUUUUUUUUGAAGGUGAAUAAAAGAAAAAUUAUUGCUGAUAGACAAAAUUUAUGUUUAGCUAAUGAAAGAACAUAC